CGACGGACGCCAGGAGAUUUUUAUCGGGUCGCAAGUGUCACCCCUUAGUGGAUUUUGUCUUCGCAUUUGCAGCUUUUUGACCUUUUCCGCCCCACAGCGAAUCACAUCGCUACGUUACAGUGCACCUUACCACCUCUGAUCAUUGCACCGUCUCAAAAUUAGAUCCGACCCGGACCGGAUCGUUUCUCUGAAGCUUCGUUUGUGAGAUUCGUAUUCCUCUGUUCCACCAUUUAACAAUUAUCCUCUCUUUGUCUUCGCCAACUUCUUCCUCCGCUCUUACAAACUUCUUUCCAGGUACUCUAAUCUCUCUAUCUGCUUCGUCGAGUUCCCCUCGUGCUUUAAGAUUGUUCUUUGUUUCUUUCUUUGUGAAAGAUACUGUGAGAAGUGUGACUCUUUGCUCUGUCUCUUUGAUGUUAUAUCACGUGGGGAUCUGAAUAUUAGUUGCGGUGUUCACAAGUCUUUUCCCAAUUUGGUUUGUCUCUUGAGGUUUAUCUGGAAAUAAAAAAGGAUGGAAGUUUGCGGGGAUCUGAAUUCUGAUAACUUAAAGAACCGUCCUUUGACUCCGCUUAGGAUUCUGAGGGGUCUGAUGAUCCUUCUGGUGUUUCUGUCUACUGCUUUUAUGUUCCUGCUCUACUUUUCACCAGUAGCUGCUCUAGGUCUACGGCUUCUGAGUGUGCAUCAAUCUAGGAGAGUUGUCUCGUUAAUCUUUGGUCUCUGGUUAGCUUUGUGGCCUUACCUGUUUGAAACGGUUAACGGUACAACCGUGCUGUUCUCUGGUGACAGCAUUCCUGUUGAGAAACGUGUUUUGCUUAUUGCAAAUCACAGGACAGAGGUCGAUUGGAUGUAUUUGUGGAAUAUUGCGUUGAGAAAAGGGUGUCUUGGCUACAUCAAAUACGUUCUUAAGAGCAGCUUGAUGAGAUUACCUAUUUUUGGCUGGGGUUUUCAUGUUUUGGAGUUUAUACCCGUGGAGAGGAAGCGGGAGGUCGACGAACCUGUUUUGCUUCAAAUGCUUUCAUCUUUUAAGGAUCCUCAAGAACCCUUAUGGCUUGCUCUAUUCCCAGAAGGAACCGAUUUCACUGAAGAGAAAUGCAAGAGAAGCCAAAAAUUUGCAGCUGAAGUUGGUCUUCCAGCAUUAUCAAACGUACUUUUACCGAAAACAAGGGGUUUUGGCGUUUGCUUAGAAGUUCUUCAUAGCUCUUUGGAUGCAGUAUAUGAUUUGACUAUCGCAUAUAAGCCUCGCUGCCCAUCUUUCAUGGACAAUGUAUUCGGGACGGAUCCUUCAGAAGUUCAUAUCCACGUUCGGCGAGUUCUACUAAAGGAGAUUCCAGAUAACGAAGCAGAAGCUUCUGCUUGGUUAAUGGAUUCAUUUCAGUCAAAGGACAAACUGCUAUCCGAUUUCAAUGCGCAGGGGCAAUUCCCAAAUCAAAGACCAGAAGAAGAACUCUCUGUCCUGAAGUGCAUCGCAACUUUCACAGUGGUAAUAUCUUUGACAGUACUAUUCAUCUAUCUGACCUUGUACUCACAUAGCUGUUUCAAAGUAUAUGCUGGUCUAAGCGGCACAUAUUUAUCGUUUGCUACUUAUUACAAGCUUCGACCCUCACCUGGCCUUUUUAGUGAAGAUUCUUGUAAAAAAGUAAAAAGCCAUUAACUUUGUUGUACAUACAAUUCUUUCUUUGUAUACAAAGAAAUAAUAUCAAGAAUUUACAGGCAGGAAAAGAUUUUUGGGAUGUC